AUGACGACCAGCUGCCAGCUCCGCAAGCGCGAGGUCAGGCUCACCAUGGGCCCCUGCACAAGCGGCGGCCCCGUCUUCAACACCGCGGACUUCGAGGGGAGCGCGCGCAGCGGCUUCGCAACCGCGCACUACGUCAGGCCCCUGGUCGUGAGGUGGUUCCACGCGGAGGUUGAGGGCAUGCCUGAUUCCGUGAAGAGGCCGCUAGAGGAGUUUGCGUGCGAUCGUGGAUGCGCCAUCGGCAUGAAUGGUACUCGCUGGGACGAGGAGCGGAUGAGCUGCCAGGGAGGCAUGGGCGGUCGGCAGGCCCCUGACAAGGAGCGGGCCAACAGGCUCAGCCUGAAGCUGGAGGGGCCCGCGCCGCUCCCCUGA